AUGUCUUACAACGCCCCCUCCGUCCCGCCGCCCUGGGUAGCCGAAUAUGACGACCAGUCUCAGCGGUACUACUACGUGAACCGCGACACGGGUGAGCGCACUUGGGAUGCGCCCACCGGCAACUACGGCGGCGGCAGCGGGUACGGCGGUGGUGGAGGAUAUGGCGGGGACAAUGGUGGCAAUUAUGGCGGCGGGGGGUAUGGUAGUGGUGGUGGUGGCUACGGCGCAGCGGGCGCGGUUGGGUAUGAAGCGCAGCAGAUGGGUGUGGUAUGUGAUGUUCUUGUGUCACGUAUCCGCCAUCAAGCAUGCAUUAUGAUCUCGAGUAAAUCUACCCUGGGGGAGGCGCAGCUGGCUUACAAAAAUGACACAGAAAAUCGAUAUGACUACGACAAAGACCGUACCGAAGGCUACGUCGAGAACAAAGCCUACGACGCCGAGCAAGACGUCGUCAACGCCCCCGAUAACGCCGCCCGCUGGGCCGGCAAUAAGGUCCAAGACGUAGAGAACAUCCCGCAGGAUAUCGAGGGCGGGUUUGACAACGCCGAGAACCGCGUCGAUCAGGGGUUCGACAAUUUUGGGAAUCGCGUGGAGGGCGGGUUUGAGGGUGCUGUGCAGGAUGUGGAGGACGCGCCUGAGGAUGUGGCGGGUUGGAUGGGUGAUAAGGUUGGGGAUGUGGAGAAUUUUGGGGAUAGGGUGGAGGGGUAUGGGGAUGGGGUUGAGGGGGCUUAUGAUCAGGGGAGGGAUGAGGGACGGGGUGGGUAUUAG